GACCUCUACAACAUUGACGUCCGCUCUUUGAAAGUUGAAGAAGCGCGGUCAAGUGACAGGAAGUUCCGGUUCGGAAGGCGGAAGAAGUGUUGCCAGGGACGUCUGCUUCCUCUCAGUGCUCCCGUUUGCUCCUGCGGGGCUGCUAUGGCGUCAAGGUUACUGCGGGUGUGCGCUGCCCUUCGGGGCUUAAGCGAGGGCCGAAAUGCCCUCGGCUCGAUGAGCUUUGGUCCUCUGCGUCAAUCGGGGGCCUCUUACUCUUUGAAAACUGGAGGUAUCCCAACUGAUGAAGAACAGGCUACAGGACUGGAGAGAAAAAUCAUGAAAGCUAUGGAGAAAGGGCUGGAUCCAUACAGCACUCUUCCACCACCACACUAUCCUGGGACAAAGGAAGAGCCCAACAUAGUCCCUUCCAUCAAUGAGAAGCGGCUUGUGGGCUGCAUCUGUGAAGAAGACAACAGUACCGUGAUCUGGUUCUGGCUGCACAAGGGAGAAGCCCAACGCUGCCCUUCUUGUGGGUCUUAUUAUAAGCUAGUUCCACAUGAGCUGCCAUAAUUUGAGUUUAAAGCCUGCAGAGUGGUUCAUUUGUAGUUGUGAAGGAAUGUAACAUGUUCUGUAUACCUAAUAAAGUCAUCUUUUGACUCCUUUUA